AUGGCGGCCUUUAAAAGAAUCCUCUUGAAGCUCUUGCCCGAGGCGAAAAAAGGUGAAGAUGGACGCGACAUGUUCUCCAACCGCAUCCAAUUCGUCCUCUGCGCCAUGGGCGGCGCCGUCGGUCUAGGAAACUUGCUCCGUUUCCCCUCCGUCGUAUACAACAACUACGGUCUUCAGUUUUUCAUCCCCUACUUCAUCGCCCUCUUCUUCGUCGCGCUUCCCAUCUUGGUAUUGGAAAUCUCACUAGGCACCGUGUACCGCGGCGGUCCUGUGCUAGCGUGGCAUAGUGUUAAUAAACGGGCGAAAGGAAUUGGACUUUCGGUUGUUUUCAAUGGUUAUGUUGUCGUGACUUACUACGUCCCCCUCCUAGCAUGGAUCAUGAAAUACUUCUCCCGCUCCUUUCAAAGCCCGCUUCCGUGGAAAGGUCAAGAUCUCAGCGAAUACUUCGCGCAAGUCAUCGUCGCAAACGUCGAUCCUGCGUCUACCGGUAGCUUCAACCCCGAUGGUAGCGUCGCGGAAUACACGAAAUGGGUCGGCACCGGUAUGCUAGGCGAGACGGCCGGGUGGGCAAUCUUCACCUGGUUCGUUACUUGGCUGUGCGUUUUUCGCGGCGUGGGUAUGACGGGUCGCGUCAUCUAUGUUACCAUGGGCUUGCCGCUUGUUCUCAUCAUCAUUCUGAUUGGGAGGAGUUGCUCGCUGCCGAAUGCGGGCGAUGGGAUCAAAUUGUACUUUGCGACAUGGAGGACGAGUGCGCUGCAGAGUCCACAAAUUUGGCAGGCGGCUUUUGGCCAGAUUUUCUUCUCGAUUGGUGUAGGGUUUGGCUACUUUACCUCCUGGGCUUCAUACUGCACUCAGCACUCCAACGCGGUUCAAGACGCCCUCAUCAUCGGCUUCAGCAAUUCUGCUGUCGAAAUUAUCGCCGCCUUCAGCGUCUUUGGCGUAAUCGGCUACCUAGGCAUCGACCCCUCCGAGGGUAGAGCUCUCGGCACCUUUGUAACAGGCUUUAUCACGUAUCCGGAAGCCCUCGCCCAAAUGCCCGGCGCCCCUUUCUUCGCCGUCAUCUUCUUCUUCACUCUCUUCCUGCUCGGUCUCACAUCUGCGUUUUCCCUUCUUGAGGUCAUGACAACACUUAUCAUGGACACGGAUUGGGGCAGGAAAAUUCCCCGAUGGGCGGUCUGCACUAUUGUGACGAUCGUUUCUGCCCUUAUCUCCCUGAUUUACUGCACCGAAUUUGGACUACAGGCUCUUGAUGCGGUUGACACAUACGUCAAUGAUGUCGCCCUCUUCUUCACGGUGUGGUGCGAGUGCUUCGCUGCUACGUCAUUUUACCGCUGCCGCGAUGUAGCACAUCAAGUCGGUUGGCCGGGCUUCCUGACAUACACGAUUGGUUUUGCGGUCGCUCAGGGCCUGGGCAUCCGUGUUGCGUAUGGUUCCACGCCCGGAAUUGGUGCUGGUGUUGGUUUUGCCUUUUUCGCAGCAAGCACUUUUGUGAGUCUGUUUAUGGCAAAGACGCCAGCAAUUCCGGCGCCAAGGUUCUGGGGAAACAGAAAGUUUUUAAGUCGGUUCUGGUGGGUUGCUUUCUACCCCGGAAACCAACUUACCCGCGAUCUCAAUGUUGUCAUCGGCGUGGGUAAGAACUGGAGUAUCCCUUACUUCUGGGCUGCUAUCAUGAAGUAUAUCUCCGGCCCUAUUCUCGCAAUCGUUCUCUCUUUCGCUUAUCCCAAAUUCACAAAAACUCACAUGUACGACCCCAUUAUGAUCUAUGGCUUCAGCAUCACCCAUCUAGUGGUCCCUACAAUCGUGCUUGGUAUCCUUAUGCCGCCAUGGUUCAACUGGAUUAUUCCAUCUGAGAAGAUUGCGCUGGGCGAGAAACCAGUGGCGCCGAUGGAGACGAUUGAUAAUUCGAAUGAGAUUUUCAGGUUAGGCAGUGAGGAGAGUGGAAGUACCCCGGGGGGCAUGAUGAUGGGGAGAGAGGGUGUGGUUAGGGAGAAGACGGGGUAG